AUGAGGGAGCCUGAACAUUUACGUAAAUUAUUUGUCGGUGGAUUAGACUAUAAAACUACAGAUGAAAAUCUCAAAAAAUAUUUUGAACAAUGGGGUGAAAUCAUGGAUGUUGUUGUUAUGAAAGAUCCACAGACUAAACGAUCAAGAGGAUUUGGCUUCAUUACUUAUGCUGCAGCUCAUAUGGUUGAUGAUGCACAAGGUGCACGUCCUCACAAAAUAGAUGGUCGGACAGUAGAACCUAAGAGAGCUGUUCCAAAAACUGAUAUUGGAAAACCUGAAGCAGGGGCAACGGUUAAAAAAUUGUUUGUAGGUCUGUUAAAUGACAGCAUAACCGAAGAAGACUUAAAAGAAUAUUUUUCUCCAUAUGGUAAUGUUACUUCUGCUGCCCUAGUUGUUCAUAAAGAAACGGGCAAAAAAAGAGGAUUUGGUUUUGUUGAAUUUGAUGAUUAUGAUCCAGUUGAUAAAAUAUGUUUAAAAGGAUCACAUAUAAUAAAAGGGAAAAAAAUUGAUGUAAAAAAAGCAUUGAGUAAAGAAGAAAUGGCUAGAGUAAAUGCUAGAAAUAACAGUAAUUCUGCCGAUAAUUGGGGUAGUGAUAAUCGAAGUGCCUGGGAACCAACAAUGAGAAAUUUUGGAAGAGGUGGAGGAUGGAGAAGUGGUAAUGACCCUGACCCAUGGGAGUCAGGCCCUAGUUCUAGAGGAGGUAAUUGGGGAGGUCCAUCAAGUAGUGCUUGGGAUAAUAAUUUCAGCGAUGGCUAUCAACAAAGUUUUGGUGCCGGACCUAUAAGAGGAAGUAAUGGUCCUUUGAGAGGAGGUGGAGCUGCAAGACCCGGACCUUACAAUAGUGGUUUUGAUAGCGGUUACAAUGAUUUUAGUAGUGGAUUUAGUGGCAGUAAUUUUGCCAGUGGUGAAGGAAGUAGUUUUGGUGGAAGAGGAAGAGGAGGUGUUCGUGGAAGAGGAGGUGGCCCUAUAAGAGGAAUAUCUGGAAGAGGUCCUGGAAACCCAAGUCGUGGUGGUAGAGGUGCUUUUGGACGAGGUGGAAGAGGAAGAUACUAA